AUGUUUCAGCGGGGUAUUAACACUAGUUUGCUUUUUCUUCUGUUCAAUUCCAUAGCGUCCGCCUGCUCUUUACUACUAGCUACUUGUGCAGAGCAUGGUGUCUUGGCAGUACACCAGGAAGAAGCGUCGUUAAAGGGUAUCCCGUUUACUCGAUCCGCUGUGAAUCGUUCGGUGCCUGUUGAGAUUGUCUAUGAAGUGCACACAAAUAACUUGCAAGGAUAUUCCAUUUCUUGGAUGCACAACGGUGGUCCUAUCAAAGUCGAGGAUAACGCAAAUAAAGAAGUCUAUUAUGCCGUCCACCACGAAGAAUACGGCCUCAAAGUACUUCUACACAUCAGUCUACCAACCGCCCGUGUCACUGGCAAUUGGACCAUGACUGCAACAACAGCCGGCGCUGAGGAACACGUCGCUUUGUGUCGUAUCUCUUCACCAGCACCCAUCUUUGACCACAAAUGGGGUGCCGUACGUGCGUACGAAGGCGAUCCAUUAUCGGUUACAUGUGAAUUGGAAUCAUAUCCCCGUCCUUCGGAAAUUCUAUGGAAAUAUUAUUCAGAGGGUCGCAUUUGGGUCUCUGUGCCUAAUGCCACUUUUGAAAAUCGAGAUGGAGUGCAAAAUGCUAUUAUGCACUGGCAAGACGCGUCUCAGCACAGCGGGUUCUACAUGUGCAGUGCUCACUCUCCCGGAGGCUCUGAUAAUCUAGUGCUGGAAGUCCGAAUCAAAGGCAAACUUGCCUACGUCUGGCCGUCGGUGGGAAUCGGUCUGGAGUUGUUAGUCCUCGCUAUCACCAUUGCCGCUUAUGAACGUGCUCAAAGCAAGCGACGCAAAGCCGAAGAACGACGGUCCUCAACUUUUGUCAUGUAA